CUGCCCUCACUUUGUUGGUGCUGACCUACAUUCCUCCGAGGUAGGGUGGGCGUUCUGUUGGCACCCAGCCUUGCCUGUUUCCGAAGCCGCUUCUAUUUCUCCUCGCUUCUUGCCGCGAGCUGAUUCCUUUCCUUUCCGUAGCCUCAACGGUUUAGUCCCAUGCAUUCUCCAUACGCUUGAGACCCUUUCUUGGAAUGACAUCCACCUACUGGCUGUAAUGGCCAAGUUCGAUAUCCUCACUACCUGCCGUUCCUUCAUUUGUUAAAUUCUUUGUCGUAUCACUUCUACUCGUCACGCGUUCACAUUCUAGUCGCUCCUUCUAUUCUUACCACCACCGCAUUGGAUCACCAUCAACUCAAUCUCGCCAUCUGUCGUAGUUCGGGACAAGAGCACAUGCAGUAACACACAUCGCCGCGAUCAUGGCUCCUCCCAUUGGCCAAGGCAGUCAUCCGAAGGUGAUGAUUGCGCCUCCGCGGCUGAAUCUUCGCAGAGCUGCCUCGUAUCAAGGAGAAAAGGCUCCUUUAUCGUCUACUUCAUCACGAUUCAAUUUCAACCAUCUCAUAUUUUCUUCGCCGCCACCCUCACCUGGCCUACCAGCGUUAGUUCCGCGGCCACGCAAGUCAUCGUCAGCGCCGAGACCAAGUCGAGUUCUGAGGGUGUUCAUUUGGAUAACGGGGUUAGCAAUCUUUGUCCUAUUUGCAAGCUCACUUACACAAGGGGGGAAACGGAUACCGGUGGUUGGGUGGACUUUCGAGGGCGAUGCACGCUAUGAGUUGGUUGGGCAUACCGAUCUACCGAAAUACCCAACCCCGAUUGUUCUUACCAACGGGCACGGGAAAUCGAAAUGGACCGUCUCUAUACCUCCAACUCACGAUUUCCCUCUCUCCAUGAAAGAAUAUUCAAGCAUAUGUACCAAAUGCCAAGAAGUCGCUGCUCAUGCUAGGGAGCUCCGUCGCCAAUCACCAUUACAACAAGCACCGCAGGAUUACUAUUAUGAGGAUCCGUAUUUCAUAGACGUCCGAGAUGCUGAGAAGAAAGGAAUCUUCUCGGAUUUCGAGAAGAAGAGGGCUACCUCGGAAACGCACGAUGGCCACCUGGUGGGACAAAGAAAUGAUGGAAUAGCAGAUAUAGAAACAUGCAGGACGUCCUUGACCUUCGUACUUGAAACAGCCGACGCGGGAUUAGGACCUUCUUUGAUGAUGUUAUGGACGGCCUACGGCCUUGCCCAGAAGGAAAAGCGGGCGUUCUUCAUCGAAGACUCACGAUGGGCUUACGGCAAGUAUACCAACAUAUUCCAGCCGUCUCCCGUACAAAACUGCAAGCCACCACCAAGGCACCAAAUGCUUCCAUGUCCCCGAAGCGCAAAGCAUCUUGUUGUGUCCGCCGCUACAGCUCAGGAGAUUUUCGGAAGUAGCUUCAAUGCGGAAUACGAAAACACAAAGCGGACCGAUAUCAACCGAGAGCGGGCAAUUUAUGAUCUCGCUCGUAUAGGAUACGAAGCAUUAUUCCAUCUCAACAACGACGACAAACCCUAUGUGAGGGAUCGCGUCAAGCAACUAAAGGCACAGGCCGUCGUGCCACAAGGGAACUACAACGAUGGGACAAUCAUCGGGAUACACGUCCGACAGGGAGACCUACACCCAUUCGAAUACCAGUACAAUGGCGCAUACAUGCCUCUAGACCAAUACGCGCAGAAGUUCCGAGAUCUCAUCGACGAACGCCACAACUUCAGCACGCCGCUAGGCGGCGAGGACAUAGUGGCGAAGCAGCACUCGUUCAUGGUGAUCGCAUCGGACAACCCGGACGUAUACGAGGCGGACGAGUUCAAGGGCGCCUUCCGCGCCCAAGAACAGAUCAAACUAGCGGGGAAGCAACAUGCCGAAGAAAGCGCUCAGCACGAGAAAUGGGUCAUGCACAAGUUCGAGGAAGAAGCGUUCGGUUGGGAGGGCGGGUUCUUCGCGAGCAUGUUUAAACAUCUGGGACACACGACUUUACAUAAUAAUCUCGAGGAGAAAGACGACGACGACUCUAAGGGAGAAGGGGAAGAGUUUGAUAGUACCUCGGAGGACACGGUCCGGCUUCGCGAGCUCGUCGGCCGCGCGUAUGUCAUGGAUCUCGCGGUCCUCAGCGAAGUGAGCGACUCCGUCAUCUGCACUAUGAGCGCGAUGGGAUGUCGACUGCUUGCUGUCAUGAUGGGCUGGGAUAAGGCCAUGACGAGAGGGAACUGGGUUAAUAUUGACGGGGGGUUCUCGUGGACUGGGAUUACGGUGUAGUGGAAGUGGUCUGGUUGGGGUGAAAAGAAAGAAAGAAAGAAAGGAAAAAUAGGAGUUGAAUGGGAGCUUGUUUAUGCAUGGUAGGCGUUUGGGAGAUAGAGCUGGACUGAACUGGCAGGGUAAGGCAUGGCAUGGCAUGGCAUUAGUCGUUUAUAUGUCGUUUAUGAGUACUUGUGUGUGAAACUCAUUGGAUGGUGGCGUUUUAUUUACUAGGUAGUU